AUGAGUACAGAGCACAAUGAUCUCACGGCUGCUAACCGUGAGGCCUGGGAUUCCAAAGCAAAAGAAUACGAUGCAAAGCCAUGGCAAAAGAAGAUAGCCUCCCAAGUAGCAGAAGCCUUGAACUCCCACGCCGACUGGCUAGGCGCAGACUGGGCUUCUGCCUCAGAUCAAGAAUGCCAUCUCCUAGACUACGCAUGUGGAACUGGCAGUGUGACUAGAGCUUUAAGCACACACAUAACCCACGCCACAGGCAUAGACAUUUCCUCCGCCAUGCUCUCCCAAUACACUUCCCUUCUCUCCUCCACCCACCCAUCCCUUGUCCUCAAAACCUCCGUGGCAGAUCUCUGCUCUCCAGACCCCCAACCCUCAAUCUCUGGCCCCGAAUUCCACAAUUUCGACAUCGCAGGUGUAGCUCUAGGAUUCCACCACUUCGCCAACCCUGCAACCUGUAUCGCAAACCUAGCUUCCCGCUUGAAGAAAGACGGCGUAUUAUUCAUCGUCGAUUGGUUGCCCAACAAAAUUGCUCCCGGCGAACAUAUCGGACACGCACACGCUCAUCCUGAUUCCCAUGACCACAAUCACAACCACAAUCACGUCAAAGAGGAAGAAACAGAAGAGUGGAAGAAGAUGAAAAAGACCAUCAAGACUAAUGGAUUCACUGAAGAAGAUAUGAGGAAGAUAUUUGAGGAAGCAGGGUUUGAGGAGUUUGGGUUUGUGGUGUUGGGGGAGAAAUUCGUGUUGGAGAUGAAUGGGAAGAAGGUUGAGAAGACUGGGUUUAUCGCUAAGGGGAGGAAGGUUUAG